AUGAACAUCCGCUCGUCAAGUCGUCACAAACACGACCAGCCGGCGAUCCGUGCAGGACACGUGGUGGUGGUGGCGCCCAACCACCGGCAAGGCGUGCUAGGCUUUCUACACCUGUCGUCCGUGGUCGGCGUGGAAGAUGACGUCGCGGUUGAUGACGUCGUGAGCGCAGUGCAGUGGGCGCUCGACCACGCGGAAGGCUUCGGCGCCGACCCGAAGCAGCUGGUGCUGGUCGGCCACGGAUCGGGCGGCUACCUGCUCUCCGCGGCCGCGCGCAAGCUGAGGAGGGACGCGGCGCGCCGAGCCUUUUACCAGGGCAUCGUCUUCGGGUCCCUGCUGCCCUUCGAUUCGGCGAAGCCGUACGUGCACCUGGCGUCGGCAUUGAACUGCAGCGGCGUGGACAAGUCUGCGUGGGUCUCGUGCUUCCGCGCCGCGCCCGUCGACGUGCUGUUGCAGGCCGCGCAAGCCACGUCCCACAGGCCACUGCACUUCGCGCCGGGCUUCAACUUGUCGUCACUGCAGGCGCCACCCGCCGACACGCCGCACACCGUCAUAGCUGGGGCGGACGCGGCCGACGACAAGGCCCUCUUCAGGGAGCGCAUCCUGCCGCUCGCACAGCGUGACGGCAAUGCCUCGACAACGGAGGCUCUGGUGGACUACAUGUUCAACGUCUUCAACGUGCCCGAGUUCGCGAAGUUCGUCAUCAAGAGCCGUUUCAGCGUUCACUCGGUGGACGAGAUCGCCGAAGGGUUCUCGACAUGGGUCUCCACGUGCGCCACGCUGAAGGUCGCCAAGGCGGUGGCCGAGGGCUACCACUACCGGCUGGACUCGGCCGUGGCCAGCGGGCUUUUGCGUCCGCCGCUGGGCAUCGGUCAGGUGGCGCAGUUCGCAGCACACGGCACGGUGCCACCGUUGGCUGACAAGAGUCCGUGGCUUCCCCUCGGCAAGAUGGCCGCGACGCGAGUGGUCGGCGAGGACGGCCACGAGAAUCUGACAAACUACGACCGUCAGUGCACAGUCUAGUGCAAAUCAAGGAAUAGUUCAUUGUGUCAUAAAAAAAAGGAAGCGAUGAAGGCCCUUGCUGUCCUUUGUAACUGCCUUUCACAUAAUGUCACUCCCGCUGAACAACCAGCAGCGAAAAGUGCCCGUCCGAGUCAGGGAGGACGGUCAGGUAUAAAAGUAGGCAUAACUGAAUUAUCAAUACAUGAUGCAGGAGAGAAGCACUCGAAGGAUACUUCGCGAAUGUAUCGUGAUACAGAUACAUGAUACAGAGCCGAUAAAAUAGAUUAAUUGAUACAAACUUCGCCAUAUGACAGGAGUACAAGGUAAGAAAGGUGCAGACGAGCGCAGACUUGCAACUGAGUUUACCAUAAAAAAUGAAAAAAAAAAAGCCCUCAUGUGUGUUCAGCCAAUGGGCCCUGUCGCCAUCCCGGUGACGGUGAUAUAAAGUGACGGUGAUGAGUAGCCAACAGUACAAUUCAUGUUCUUGUGUAGCACGUGGAGUGUAGAUAAGCGUACACUUACCCGUCUGGCCGAUUAAUUGAAAGGUGGUUGAUGCACCCAUCUCCCCUCAUUUUGACAAGGAAUGCCUCGAUGACCGCCCUGCGAAACUAUUCUCUCGAGAGAACUACUGCGCUCUCGUAAUGUGGCUCGACACCCGCAGUCUCCGUUGCAGUGAACGCUGUUGCAAGAUACAUAUACAAAAUACUAGCAAACUGUAUCCGAUAAAAUAUUUGCCAUUUGUAUGAUAAGACACGUCGAUACAAUAGUUCAUUCCUCGUAA